GAGUGCCGCAUUUGCUCGCGACUUUCGCGAGAGCCAGGUCGUAUACGGAGGUCUUCGUCAACACCGUGGAAACCACGUGAGGCGCAGAGGCCGAGUUCCAGGAAGUGAGUGAGCGAAUGAGCUGCUGAUCGGCCGACUUAACGAAACGAAGGUGCGACGUGCGGGCUUCGAAGCACGCAAUUGAAAGCGACGACCGGGAUUUUCACCGAGCCGAGCGGAGUUUCACUUCUAACCUGAAUUCGGUGAAGCGAGCGAGCUCGAACGCUAGAGGAUUUUUAUUUGUAUGAUUACUCCAGACAUCGUGAAAGCACGUGGAGCUACACGGUUGCUAUAUUGUGACUCGAGCAUUGACAAGCUGACUAUAUAGAUCCCAAGAGAGGAGUAUCAUUUCCAAAAACAUCGCACAACUCGACCAAGAUGUGGCCGAAGGACGUUGGCAUCCGGGCUUUAGAGGUCUACUUUCCGGCGCAGUACGUGGAGCAGACGGAACUGGAGGCGUACGACGGCGUGUCGGCGGGCAAGUACACGAUCGGCCUGGGUCAAUCGCGAAUGGGUUUCUGUAACGAUCGUGAGGACAUCAACUCGUUAUGCCUCACUGUUAUUUCUCGGCUGCUGGAACGUUACGAAGUCAAGCCGCAGGACAUCGGCCGAUUGGAAGUAGGCACCGAGACCAUCAUCGACAAGAGCAAGUCAGUGAAAACUGUGCUGAUGCAACUCUUCGAGCCGCACGGUUGCACCGACAUCGAGGGUGCGGACACCACCAAUGCCUGCUACGGCGGCACCGCCGCGCUCUUCAAUGCCAUCGCGUGGGUGGAGAGCAGCGCCUGGGACGGUAGAUUCGCCCUGGUCGUUGCAGCUGACAAUGCGGUAUAUUCCACAGGUAGCGCCAGGCCUACGGGUGGUGCGGGCGCGAUAGCCAUCCUGGUAGGUCCGGAUGCACCACUCGUGUUCGACCGUGGUCUCCGAGCAUCCUGUAUGAGGCACGCUUACGACUUUUACAAGCCGAACAUGCGCUCCGAGUUUCCCAUGGUGGACGGCAAGCUGUCGAUCCAGUGCUACCUCAGCGCUCUGGACAACUGUUACCAGUUGUACCGCGAAAAAGUCAAGAGAAAGAACCCUGAUGAGAACCCCGUCACUUUGACCAACUUCAACGCGAUGCUCUUUCAUUCGCCAUACUGUAAACUCGUACGGAAAUCAUUCGCCAGGCUGGCCUUUAUCGAUUUCCUGAACACGCCGGAGAAUCAGAUUCCCGACAGUUACAAGGACGCAGUGAAAUUCCACGCUGCCAAGCUUGAGGACACUUAUUUCAAUCAGAACAUCGAGAAGAUAUUCAUGCAAUUGAGCAAGGCGGACUUUGAGCAAAAGACUCAGCCCAGCUUACUGAUAGCAAAUCAAGUUGGAAAUAUGUACACACCAUCGGUGUACUCCGGUUUAGUGUCAUUACUUGUAUCAAAACCGAUAAGUGAAUUGGCAGGCAACAAGGUUGGUAUAUUUUCUUACGGCUCGGGCCUCUGCUCCAGCCUAUAUUCAUUGACGAUAACAAGGGACACGCAUGAAGGUUCUGGCUUGUCAAAAAUUAUCAGCGCUCUUUCCUACGUCAAGUCUCAAUUAGAAGGACGUCACUGUGUUUCCCCAAAGGAUUACACCGAAAUUCUGGCGUCAAGAGAACGAAAUUGUCAUGUCGUGCCAUUCACUCCGCAGAGUAAUAUAGACGACAUGUUUCCGGGCACAUAUUACUUAACGCAGGUGGAUGAGCAGUACAGGAGGACUUACAAGAAAGUAUGAGAUCAAUGUGUUAGAUUUCAAGGUUUAGGAUUGUUUAUAGUUAAUUUUAUUCUACAAAGAUAUAUAUAUGUAAAAUAAAAG